CGGGGACGGCGGUGGGGACAGCAGCAGGGCGGGCCUGGGGGCGGGGCCGCGCUGCUCCCUUCGGGGCUGGGUCUGCGCUCCGCACUGUACUCCUGUACUCCGGGAGGGUCGCUCUGCGCUGUCGCCGCCAGCCCGCGAGAUGCUCUCCAGAGCCACCUGGAGCUCGGUGCUGAGGAGAGGACCUGGGAUUCGGGGGACACACAACCCAGGAGAUGCCGUUGGCGGCCAGGGCAAGAUGCCCCCCUAUACCAACAACUAUGCCCAGCGCUACUAUCCCAUGCCGGAUGAGCCUUUCUGCACGGACCUCAGCCCUGAGCAGCGUGCCCUGAAGGAGAAGGAGAAGGGCAGCUGGACCCAGCUGAGCCACGCCGAGAAGGUGGCCUUGUACCGGAUCCAGUUCCGUGAGACCUUCGCAGAGAUGAACCGGCGCUCCAAUGAGUGGAAGACGGUGACGGGCUGUGUCUUCUUUUUCAUGGGAAUAACGGCUUUGCUGAUUUGGUGGCAGCGGGUCUACGUGUUCCCGGAGAAGCCCCACACGCUGACGGACGAGUGGAAGGCCCGGCAGCUCCAGCGCGUCCUGGACAUGAAGGGCAACCCGGUGCAGGGCCUGGCCUCGCGCUGGGACUACGAGCGGAAGGAGUGGAGGAAGUGAUCCCCUCUUCACGUUUGCGCGCUGGGCCUCCGUCCACUGCACUGCAAUAAAGCCGGCCUGUGCCCUUCCGUGUA